AUGACGCCGGUUGAGUUCACGGAUGCGCUGAAAGAAUGGGAAGAUGAGAAGGCAGGGAGGCUUACGGCGUCGUCGCAAUCGCAAUCGCAAUCGCAAGCGUCGCAGAUGUCGAUGUCGUCGCAGACGCAAGCUACACAAUCAUCUCAAGCCUACCAGGCUCCGCCUCCGUCGUCACAACCUGUGCUAUCGAGCUCGCAUGUCUCUAAAUACACAAAUCCUCCUUCGCCAUCUCGUUCGCCGUCACCACCACCUGCCCUACAGCAACCACCUCCUCCUUCAUCACAGCCCACGGUACCUCAAGAAUCGCAUGACGCACCUCUAUACGUCCUCCCUUUCGGCGAUUACAAAGGCAAGACUCUGCUUGAGGUACCAGAGGACUACCUCUACUAUCUUGGUGCGAGCGAAGACAAAUUGGCCACUUUGCCUGGUUUGUCUGAUGCGCUCGGCUUGAUGCAGAAGGGUCUACCUCCGGUCGCUAUGAGGACGACGGCGUCGGCUCACGAUUCAUCCCAGGCUCUGCCACCGGCAUCAUCUACACCUGGCCCAUAUAUGGGACAUGAACCGCCUGCAUCUAGUCAGCUCCCACAGAUGAGCCAACCACAGCAGGCUCCGCCUCCUCCUUCUACUGCGCCUAGCCAUUAUUCCCUCUGCAAGGGCGACAUGCCGAAUAGUUCGCAACCUCCCGCACCGCAGCUCUCUGCCUCACAACCUGCUCAGCAGCCUCCCACGUCUCAACCUCCACCCCGCAAACAACCAUACCGUUUCGACUUCGGCAAGCACGAAGGCAAAACCAUCGCCGAAGUCCCUCCCGACUACAUGGCCUUCCUGAAAAGCAAGGGGUUCACCGAAACAAACGAGACACUCGCUGCAGGCGUCGCAGAGUACGAACGCCACCACCCACCCAUCGGGACUCCGCGCAAGGGAGAAUACAGAUUCACGUUUGGCAAGCAUGAAGGAAAGACGGUGGCGGAAGUACCCUCUCAGUACAUCUGGUGGCUCAAAACCCAAACGAGUAUUCCCAAGGACAAACCUGAAUUGGGGGCCGCUAUUCGACAGUUUGAGCGGACUCAGAAGCGUACUCAGACCAAGACGCAGAAUCGGAGUCGACGGAGGGCUUGGUCACCGAUGUGCCCAUGUUGUGAUUGA